ACAGCAAUUGAACUCGUCAACAUUCGACUUUCAACUUUCACUUUCUCAACUUCUAACUACCUACUCAGGCGACUCCUAAUUGACAUUCACUACGCACAUAUAUUGUCACAUUAUUACAACAAUAUCAUCAAAGAAUGGUUACAACAUCACAUGUCAACUCUGUCCUGGAUACCUUUUAAGGUAUAUCAAAGAUAGUCAUACAUGAAAUAAUCAUUGCCGCCAUCAUGAACGAGCAGAGCGCUAGCACCGACAUAAAAUGCAAGAAGCUUCACCCAUUUUUCUCGACGAACAAUACUCCUAAAGAUAGCAUGUUAAAUGUCGUAACUCCUGUCACGCCAGACCCCUCGUGUAGUCCCAAUUCUGUCGAGGCUGCCGACAACGAUACCGAUCAAAGUCCUCCGUCUAGCAAACUCAAGAGAAAGCGAGGUCAGACAAGCGAUACCCAAAACGCACCCACAUCAGCUUCUACCUCAAAGCCUCCGAAGGUGCUCAAACUCAACCGCGCAACCGGUACAAUUGGUUCCCCUCCGAAACCGAAGCCUAUCGCCAAGAACCCAACGAAACGUGGUCGAAAGCCUAAAACGUUAGUAGUUUCUAUACACUACGGCCAGGACGAUGAUACUUCACGACUUCGAAUUGGUCAUAAGAUACGCGACAUGCUCGCCGGUGCCGAUUCGCAAGCGAUGAUAACAACCGUGCCGAAAUAUGCUCCUCAUGUCCUUCCUAAAACGCCACCCUCGAGUCGGGACACCGAACCGCCACCUAAGAAAGCUACCCAUCCGUUCUUCCAAGGGAAGACGAACACAAGCCCAGUUGAACAAAAGCAAAAGCCUGAGCGGCGAAUAUUCUUUGGCUCGGCAUCUAACUCAUCGAAACAUGUCCAGCCAGCUCCCGGCAAGCUCGACGUCCCGGUCCCCGGCGUCAAGGUGAAUAAACUCAAGGUGCCGGGAGCACAGCAUCCAGCCUGGCCAUCGAAAGAGACAGCGCACGUGCGUGGUGACGAGUCACAUAGCUCUAAUACAUCUGGUUCCACCGACGGUGAACAAUACCGAUGCCUCCAAAAUAAACGGAAGGCGAAGGGACAACAAGUCCAAAUUCCCGAAUCCGAGUCGAUACUGCAGCAGACUGCGUCGAAACUAAAUUUAAAGCAGAUGAAGGAAGACCUGAAUGCUGACGAUGAUGAAUUCCAACCGCCACCGUCUGUUUUAAGGGUCCCUAGUAGGCACUUUGAAAGCGGAAAGAAACUACAGGCGCGCAUAUUUGGUGAAUUAAAAACUCUUCAUCGACCCGACAAUACCUCAAAGGCGCAUCCAGCGGUUACGCAUGCUUACAGUUCUAUCGAGAAAAACCUGUCCGCUUUCGACAGGGCGACGUGCGAAACGAGUGCGUGGACCCAGAAGUAUGCACCUUCAUCAGCAGAACGGGUGCUUCAGAAUGGCCGGGAAGCCGAGCUAUUACGUGAUUGGCUAGAAUCUCUUAAGGUGCAGGCUGUGGACACCGGCGCAACAGAUUCUGGAGUGAAGGCAAAGGCAGUUGCUCCGGUGAAGGGUAGAGGCAAAAGAAAGAAGAGAUUAGACGGGUUUGUUGUUUCUAGUGACGAGGAGGGGGAUGAAUUGGACGAGAUAUCCGAAGUAGAAGGGGACUGGUCACAGAGCGGUAGCCAAAGCAACGCGAAGAAGACGGUCAUACGGUCUGGUUCUGCUCGCCGAACAUCUCGAGAUGGCGGUCGCUUGGCUAAUGCUGUGGUCCUCAGCGGCCCACAUGGUUGUGGCAAGACGGCGACUGUGUACGCCAUUGCCAAGGAGCUUGAGUUUGAGGUCUUUGAGAUUAAUUCAGGUUCUAGAAGGAAUGGCAAAGAUGUCCUAGAAAAGGUCGGCGACAUGACCCGGAACCAUCUCGUUCAGCACCGGCAUAAGGAAGACGCGCCCCGGGAAGAAGGCCUCCCGGAAGAUGAGGUGGAUCGAGACUUGAAGUCUGGCAAACAAGGCAUGAUGACCGCAUUCUUCAAACCGAAGGCGAUUAUAGCGCCAACGCCAACUCCAACUUCAACCAAGAAACCGACGAAUUCGUCCAGUGCGAAUGAUACAAAGAAGUCGCCCAAAACUCAGAAACAGUCCCUAAUUCUACUCGAGGAAGUCGACGUACUGUACGAAGAGGACAAGCAAUUCUGGGCGACCAUUGUCUCUAUGAUUGCUCAGUCAAAACGCCCUUUUGUGAUGACAUGCAACGACGAGGCAUUGGUUCCCUUGCAGAGUUUCAACCUACAUGGCAUUUUCCGCUUCUCUAGUCCGCCCAAGGACCUCGCCGUCGAUCUGCUCCUUCUUAUCGCCGCCAACGAGGGACAUGCUCUUCGACGACGGACAAUUGAGGCACUCUACGACUCACGCGGCCACGACUUCCGCGCCUCAAUAACCGAGCUCAACUACUGGUGUCAGAUCGGGGUUGGAGACGUACAAGGAGGAUUUAACUGGUUUUACCCCAGAUGGCCUAAAGGCUGUGAUGUCGACGAAGACGGCAAUGUUAUCCGAGUGGUCAGCCAAGACACGUACCAAGCCGGCAUGGGCUGGCUUAGCAGGGACUCGACGAUCAACAGCUCAUCAUUUCGAUCGAUCGAAGAGGAAUUGCACCUCCAGGUCCGCGAAAACUGGUCUCUCGACACGUUCGAUUAUCGGCCCAAAGAUGAAUACUAUUCCUGGGCAGAUACAGCUACCGAACAAUGUUCCUCAGCAAAAGAGAGACUUGAGCUUUUGGAAUCAAUGGACUCGUACGUCGGCUUCAUGAGCGACGCAGACCUUGGCUUGACCGAUUUCUCAGCGACGCCCAACAAAAUUUCCCUAGAUCCGUCCAUCCCCUGCCUACCAGCAAAGGCAAAGGAUGAUUUUAUCAUUGGUCGGCAGCUCAUCGAGGCAUCCCCUACCAUCCAUUACGAUACAGCAAGUUUCGAUAUGGCUUCCAGUUUGAGGCAUCUGGGUAGACGACAGUUACGAUAUGGGCGGACUUCAGACGGCGUCUCGAGCACCUUCAAGCCGUUAGACGAGGUAGAAGUUACUGCGAAGCUAAAGCACCAUCUCGGCGGGCAUCCGGACGCACAACCGGCCGUUACGCGAAUAGAUUAUAGUCUCGCAUUCGACCCUAUCGCCGCCUCAGAGAAAACAACUGCCUCGGGCUACCUUGAUCCUUCUGUAUUCGAUGGGACUAUGAGGUCGAUUUGUCUCGACAUAGCGCCUUAUGUUCGUAGCAUCGUAUCAUACGAUCAGCGACUUCAGCAACAAAGAGUCUCCCGCAGCAGCCUACUCAGUGAGGGCGGGCAGCCUGGAAAGAAACGUAUGCGCACAACGAGGAGCGCGUACUCAGCUCUAGAAGGCAGCUCGCGAGCCAGUACGAGACGAGAGAGAUACUUCUCAGCAGACAUCAACCCUUAUCUCGUGAUGCGGACGGGUGGUGAAGGAUGGGAUGUAGUUGUGGCUUCAGCUAUGGAAGAAUUGAGGAUCACAAGUAGAAUUAUAGCGAGCCCCCAUACAGAGCCAGGUCAGAAUGGAGGGUAGAGAAAUAACCCGACCGGGUAUCUCGUCGCUGUCUAGCCAAGUCCAGGCGUGUAUAUAUUCGGGGGUCAUGGAUAUCGGAGAUAUUUCUGCACCGGCGUUGCUAUAGGCGCAUAUUAGGGGCUUUUGAGCAUUGUGUGGCGUUGCAUUUUACCGGCUGACUACACCGGAGCUGCGAGGAGAGGAUCCGGCGGGGGACGGUAACUGUCAUAUAUGUAGUACUUCGCAUCCAUACACAUCACAUAUAGCUGAAAUGCAACACAUGAAAGCAUGAUGAUGCCCAUUUACCUGA